GCAAAACCAGUUCCGGAUCCGAUUGCGACAGCGAGCCAGGAAUCCCUCUGAAACGGAAGCAGCGUAGAAGCAGAACAACUUUCACCGCUCAUCAAUUAGAUGAGCUGGAACGAGCGUUCGAAAGGACGCAGUACCCGGACAUUUACACGAGAGAAGAGUUGGCGCAAAGGACCAAGUUGACCGAGGCCAGGAUUCAAGUCUGGUUCAGUAACCGGCGAGCCAGGCUCAGGAAACAGUUGUCCUCAACUACUUCCGGCGGCUACGUCAGCUCUGUCGCUUAUCCCACGGCCUCGUACGUUCUUCAUCCUCCAGCCGCGCCUCAUCCGCAUGCAGCGACCGCUGUCCCGCCGAAUCAUCCGCACCCUCACGCUCAUGGCCAGACGCUGCCCGAUAGCACUUUCUCCUCAAGUCAAGGCAAGAGUUAACCAAUUUGUUUUUGAAAAGUUUCGUACCAGUUUCAAGAAUGUAAUGAUGAAGAAUGAGAUGAACGAUUACGCCCUUAGUAUCCAAUAUACUAUUAGUCAAGUUUUCAUUAUGAAUCUAAUAAAGCAUACACAGAAUAUAACAGAAAUGGGGAACCUACAGCAGGCUGUUUCCUAUAAAAAGAAC